GAUAAGUGGGAGUGGGAGAGGAGAGGGACGACAGUACGGACGAAGAUUCAGUCGGAUAAGUAACUCGUCACCAAGGAACGAGAAGGCAUCGUCACCGAGGUCCACUGCACCUGCUGCAACUUGCUGCCACACGGCACCAACAUCCUCCUCCAUGUCCAGCGGUUUAACGAUGGAUCACACUUUUCUGCCUCGGUCAAUCUGGACCGGUGACAGUAAAUUCCUCCAGCAUCCAGCGGAUCUCUACACCAGUGUGGUCGUUACGCGCAGCAUCCCUGUAGGCACGUGCUUUGGUCCGUGUGUGCUCCAAAACACUUUCUACGACACUAUCGCCUUCAUAGCGCAAAAAUCCUGCGACAAGAGAGCUAAAUCCUAUGUGUUCAGGGUGGACCCCGAGGCCAUGCGUAAUUCUGCGCUGGUGAUGUCCUGGCUGCGGCUCGUGCAGGCUGCGCGCAACGGAGAGGAGCAGAACACAGAGGCCUUUCUGAAGGCUGGUCAGCUGUAUGUGCGGACCAUCCGGGACAUACGGCAGGAGGAAGAGCUGCUGGUGUGGUACGACCAGGAGCUGUCUCACCUACUGGGCUUCACAGACAUGAGCAGAGGAUCAAGUGAAGAGUUCAAAUGUGGAAGAUGUAACCAGGUCUUCAAGAACGAAUAUCCUUUCCUGGCUCACUGUCGAUUCCUGUGUACCCAAGUAAAGACUGACACCUGGAGCCGAGAGGUUUACGAGCACAAGCAUGUGGAAAUUAAGAGGCAACACCGAGUGACAGACUUCCACAACAUCGCCAGAGAUUUGGAGCACAAAAAAUCUGGCAGCAGCGAGGACGCGGAGAUUUCCCCCAAGAGAAGGAAAUACGAGGAAACUCUUUUCCCCAAAGUGCGGAAAACAGUCCUGUUGGAAAAAACGAAUAUUUCAAAUGAUGACAAUAUCACACCGCUGAUUAAGGGCUACGACCAGGCGGCAGGAGAUGCGUCCUCCUCUGCGGGGAAACUGAAAGCUGAUAAGAUCAAACCGGAUCAUUUGGGAUGUAAGAAUGACGCUUUUACGCACAGCAGAGGGAUGGACGCACAGUCGGAGGCAGGUGAGAGCUCUGGUGUGCACUCAAGCAGCAGCAGCAGUAGUGCGUUUUCUCUGGUCCUGUCCAACAGUCAGGGCGAGCAGAAAAGCGCUUUCUGCAAACCGAGUAAAAGAACUUCCCCUGUUGACCCCCAGGCGCAUCUCAGCAGCGCUCCAACAGCCCCCUCUAGCCGCCUAGAGGAGAUGACUGAUGCCUUCACCUCCAGGACUGUUAUGGGAUACAACAAUCUGAUGGCAUCCAACAUCCUGAGCGGUGACUUACAGACUGUGCCCUCCCCGGUUGCACUGAACAAUGCUUUCCAUUACGCACCGGAGCACUGGUCCAGGAACAUUGGCGUCCAGCUGCAGACCACAUCUUCUCUCACGAUCCUUCCACCGACUUUCACCUCAUUCGGCGUGUCGGUGCAGAACUGGUGCGCCAAAUGCAACCUGUCCUUCCGCAUGACCUCCGACCUCGUCUUCCACAUGCGCUCUCACCACAAGAAGGAGUUCGCUGCGGAGUCCCACGUGAGGAGGAGAAGGGAGGAGAAACUCACCUGCCCGAUUUGCCAUGAAUACUUCCGGGAGCGGCACCACCUGUCCAGACACAUGACCUCUCAUAACUAAAACAAAUAAGGGACAAAAACAUUAUUUAUUUCUUUAACGAUGCUCGUAUUUAACAGGUUUAGACGGCGAGACUUUGGUGCGUAACAGUGAAUGUAGGUAGCUGUAAAGAAAAUAGCGAAACGGACACACGUGGCCAUCACAGCCUGUCCACUAGAUGACGAUAGAGGUACGUGUAAGCUGAUCUCACUGCAGUUUGUUGUCUGUCCUUUAGCCCUGUGUGUGUUAGGUUGAUGAUUAUUUUUGUGCCUUAUGGAACUCAGGAGGGAAGAAAGACGGAGAGAUCUGGAGGACAGCUCAUGAUUGUCACAAAUAUCUCCUCGCUUAUUUAUCUGCUUUUUUCUGCUCUGGUUUGUACGACAGAUGUGGACUGAGUGUGUUUGCACAUUCGCUUUGAAAUCUAAAAUGAUGAAAAAUGAAACAGGCGUGUUGAGUGUUUUGUUCCAUCAUCAUGUUGGGUGUCAGUUUUUGUCUGCUCCAACAGGCGGCGACUGAGACCAACUUUUCUCUCUCCUUUUCCCUCUGUGGAUGAUUUAAUAUAAACACCUAUGAAAUGUGUUUGUUGUGUGACUGGACUGUCCUGAAUGCUAGAUUCACUUUGUUUGCAACAGGGGGAAAUUUGUAAGAAAAAUGCAUGAAUCAAUUGGAGGAAAUUAACAUCAUGUUGUUCUGGGUCUGCUCUCAUGCACUGCUGGACAAUAUGAGACAAAACUGUUGUUUAAAACAGUGGUUCCCAACCUUUUUUUCAUGAAGAGAUCCCCUUUUCUGUCAUUCAGUAAAUUGACGACACCUUACUAAGUGACAUAUUUUAUGGAUAUUAUAUUCAAUGCAUAACAAUAGCAGCACAGAACAACUGAUAAACUGUACAAUUACCCCAAAUAGCAAACGCAUAACUGCAAGAAAUUUGUCUAAAAUGAGAGAUUGGAUGAGAUUUCAGCAGAAUAUGUCCUGUGAGUUUCACAUCAAAGAUGAGUUUUCCUGAUGUUUAUAGGAACUGUUUAUACAAUUAUUUGUCUGUAUUAUUUCAUUUUUAUUUUUUCAACAAGCAUACAUACUUUAUAGGCCUGUUUUUUGGACACAUUCAGUGUUUUUUUCUCACUGAUGCUUGGCCAUUCUUCUGUUAGCGCUUUGGUUGUUUUACUGCAUACUUCUUUUAAUGCAAGGCCAGGCUGUUAGCAGAGAAAAGGCUCUGUGAAUAUGUGUCCAGGCCUUUACCGUGCCCAUAUCCUGUGAGUUUAUAUUUUGAAUAAUGAUCUAAACUUUUAAGAUCGCAAUUUAAUUUAUUUUUCUCCACAGGAAUGAAUGAGAUGCUGAGUAUAGGCCUUCUGUAUAUAUUUUUUAAAAGUAUUCUUACACCCUGUAAAAUCAAGAAGGCCUCGUGACGCCCUGUGAAGCUGUGGGGACCCCUAGUGGGGUUCAUGACCCCCAGGUUGGGAAACAAGGAUUUAAAAUCUGUAUACCAUUUAAGAUGCUUCACCAAACAUUUCAGCAUGCAAUUUGAAGUAAAUGAAAACAGCGAGAGAUUGAUUUCCAGGCUGCCACUCAAAAAUUAAAUCAGGUUCUAGUUUAAAAAAACUUUCAUGGUUAUCAUUCAUCUACAGUCCUGGAUGAAGCCCACAUAAACCUUUGAAUUUGUGAUUUUAAUGUUUCUCAGUGAGCGCCUUACGUCCCAUUCAGGUCAGGCUGCCGACAGAUGGACAUAAAUAGCCGUCUCUGUUGCAGGUAAAUGAGGCGGCAAGAAGGCAUGAAGUUCAUGGGAAAGUCAAGACUCGACCCUGUUCAGUCCCUCUGUAACGUAAGCGGGGAGGUAAACCCGCCCAGACUGCUGUUAUCUACUUUUAUUCGAGUAACAGAGCUUAUC